AUGAUGAUUUCUACAAGAAUUGUGCUUGUUAUUUUAAUUUUCUCCUAUGCCUCAUCUGCUCCAACCGUCCAAUCUCCGAUUUCCGAUGCAAGUCCCGCCACAGAAAAAGCGUUCACCGAAAUUCCAUCUGAUCCUGAAACUGCUGUAACGCCAAACGAGGAAAUUAAGACAGUUACACCCGAGACAGAAACUCGUGUAACUCCAAAUGAAGAAGCUUCCCAGCCAACAACCCUGAAUAUAGUUUCUGGUGGUACUGUCACUGACUCUGGUUCAUCUACCAAUGCACCUACCGAGGCCGAAACGGUGGUUACUCCGUAUGUGGACAAGAAAGAGACCGCUACUACAAAGGUGUACAAUCCAACCACUGUAAUAGUUAAAUCUGAAACAGGUACAUUUCUUCCCAAAAACAAAAAGUUCAAUUUCGUUCUUUUUGUAGCGGGUACUGUUACUGAAGAUGCUCCAUCUACUAAUCCACGAACCGAGACAGAAACUCCUGUCACUCAAAAUGUUGAUACUAAAGAAACCACGACUGCUCAACCGACAACUGCGGAAACGACUACCGAUUUUGGUAGUACUGUCAUUGACUUUGGUUCAUCUACCAAUGCACCUACCGAGGCCGAAACGGUGGUUACUCCGUAUGUGGACAAGAAAGAGACCACUACUACAAAGGUGUACAAUCCAACCACUGUAAUAGUUAAAUCUGAAACAGGUACAUUUCUUCCCAAAAACAAAAAGUUCAAUUUCGUUCUUUUUGUAGCGAGUACUGUUACUGAAGAUGCUCCAUCUACUAAUCCACGAACCGAGACAGAAACUCCUGUCACUCAAAAUGUUGAUACUAAAGAAACCACAACUGCUCAACCGACAACUGCGGAAACGACUACCGAUUUUGGUAGUACUGUCACUAACUUUGUUUCAUCUACCAAUGCACCUACCGAGGCCGAAACGGCGGUUACUCCAAAUGUGGACGUCAGAAAUACCACUACUACUACUGAAGCUAGUACUGCAGAAAUUACAGUAACUGAAGCAGCUCCUACUGAAGCUCAUACGGAACCAGAAACAGCUCCCACUCCGUUUGUGGAAGAUGUCACAGGGACUGCAUCAGUGGCGUCCAGUCCAGAUUCUACUUCAACAAUCAUUACAACCACAAUGUCUUCGCAUGGAGUCUCUUAUUUGUUCUCAGCCCUUGUCUUGCUCAUUUCUUUAGUUUUCUAA